GCCAAGUAGGAAGAAGCAGAAGAAGAAGAAUAGGAAGCAGCAGAAGAAGAAAAAGAAGUAUCACUGUAGUCCUGUAGUUGUAUUUGUGUCACAGAGGAUGUCAGGAGAGAAACACCUGAGCGGGUCCGACAGAGAAAGUCAGCAGUGAUGGGUCCCAGGAGGAAGGCGUCGAAGCUCCAGCCUCUAGGGGGCAGCAGUGGCGGGGAAGUGGUGCUGAGACCCAAUGAGCUGAAGGACUACAUCAACGAGCUGUCACAUGAAGUCCUCUGUCACAUCUUCAGGUAUCUUCCCAUGAAGGACAUCAUGUGUAUGGAGAGUCUGUCCAGGAAGCUGAGGGAGGCGGUCACUCUGUACCUGAGGGUGGUGAAGGUGGUGGAUCUGUGUGCAGGUCGAUGGUGGGAGUACAUGCCGUCAGGUUUUACCGACGGUAGCUUCCUGCUCCUCCUCAAGAAGAUGCCGGAUCUGGAGCAGCUGUACGGCCUCCACCCUCGAUACCUGGAGAGGAGGCGAGUCCGAGGCUACGAGGCCUUCAGCAUCCCUGGAGUCCUGGAGGCCCUGCAGACCUGCCCCAACCUGCUGGGUGUGGAGACGUCCCACCUGGAGCUGGUGGAGGCCAUAUGGAACUACAUGCCUCAGGUCCACAUCCUGGGAAAGUUCAGGAACCGUAACGGGGCGUUUCCCAUUCCUGCUGAGAACAAACUGACCAUCCCCAUCACGGCCAAGAUCCAGACCCUGCACCUCGUGGGUGUGAACGUCCCGGAGAUCCCGUGUGUGUCCAUGCUGCGUCACCUGUACCUGAAGUGGGUGCGUCUGACCAAACCUCAGCCAUUCAAGGACUUCCUGUGUGUGAGUCUGAGGACGUUUGUGAUGAGGAACUGUGCCGGACCCACCAACUCUCUGAAGUACGUCCCGCUGGUCACCGGUCUGGCCUCGGCCCGGAACCUGGAGCAGCUGGAGCUGGUGAGGGUCCCGUUUCUGGGGGGUCUGAUCCAGCACGUGGUAGAGGACAGCUGGAGGUCAGGAGGAUUCAGGAACCUGCACACCAUCGUGUUUGGAGCCUGUAAGAACGCCCUGGAGGUGGACCUGGGCUACCUGAUCAUCACAGCUGCUCGCAGACUCCAUGAGCUCAGGAUUCAGCCCUCACUCACUAAAGACGGAGUCUUCUCAGCGCUCAAGAUGGCCGAACUGGAGUUUCCUCAGUUUGAGACGCUUCAUCUGGGAUACGUGGACGAGUUCCUGCUGCAGUGUAAGAUGAGUCACUCUGAGCUCGUGAAGUACGGUCUGGCUGACGUCAUUGAGAACCCGGGAAUCAUCACCGACAUCGGCAUCAAGGUGGUGAAUGAGGUGUUCACAAAUAUCAAAUACCUGCUCAUCUACAACUGCCCUCACCUGCACAACCCUCACCACUGGAUCACAGAUCAGUCCAGGUGGAGCCGGCUGGUUGACCUCACUCUGGUUCGCUGUCAUGCCAUCAAACUGGAAUCCUUCUCCCAGUUCAUAGAGUCCCUGCCCAGUCUUGAGUUCAUCUGUCUGGACCAGAUGUUCAGGGAACCCCCCAAGGGCUGCGCCAGGGUGGGGCUGAGUGCAGGUACAGGUAUCGGUGUGUCCUCAGCUCUGGUCAGCAACCAAAACUCAAACAACGACAAUGACAACAACAACAACAACCAUCAUCACAAUGAGGCCAACCUACCUCCUGCUGCUCCGCCUGUUGUCAACAACAAUAACAACAACAACAUCAACAAUGUCAACAACAACAACCAGAGACAGCAGCAACAUGCAGUAGAGGUGAACGGGAUGGAGGAAGACGAGGAGGAGGAGGAGGUGAUGCUGGAAGAGGAGAACAUGGAGGUGGAGCCUCAGAGGGAGCGGAAAGGAGCAAAACAGGAGGAGGUACAAGAAGCAGCUGACGAGUCUCCAGGUCCAAGUCGCCCAGCUGACACGGCAAAACCUCCAGACGAGGAGCAAGCAGGUCCAAGCGGUUUAGUCAAGCAGAACAGACCCCCUCAUGACUCCACCCCUAAAGCCCCCCUCGCCAUCUCGGACUCAGACAGUGAGGAGGAGGAGGGCCUAAUGUCUCGGCUGAUGCCAGCUUCAAGUUUGCAGCAGCAGACAUCCCGUACAGAAGGUAAAGGAAAAACCCCUCUGCGGCGGAGCGCCACUGUUUCAGCACCUGUGGCAGAUUCUGCAACUGCUGGAGUCUCUGCAACUGCCGGGGCUUCAGUACCUACGGGGGUCUUGGCACCUAAAGGGGACUCUGCACCUGCAGGGGUCUCAGUACCUGCAACAGUCUCAGUGUCUGCAAGGGUCUCGGUACCUGCAGGGCUUUCAGUACCUGUGGGUGUCUCGGGGGCCCAAUUGGGGGACAAGGUCAGGGCUCAGGUGUGUGGAGGCAGCUGUGAGAAGAGCUGUCAGGUCAGCAGUGAGCAGAUCAAAGCUGACAUGAAGGCUGCAGCUGAGACCAGCAGGAGGACCAGCAGUAAAGGGGUCAGUACGGAACUUGGGGAGACCCCCUCCCGACCUGGGGCUGACUCAGGACCAGCUCGGGGCACUGGGAGUACUGGGACAGCAGUUAGGACUGGGGUGCGACCAGUAUAUGGGUCUGUGGGCAGGACGGGACCUGGUAUGGUGGGGGGGAACGCCCACAGAGGAACCACAACCACAGACCGGUCCACAGGAACCAGGACUUCUGAGGGCCUAGACGGCCCACCUGUUGCUGAGGAGGGGCAGAGAUCAGCUCCUACUGCUGCUGAUAGUCCUGUACCCAGAGGAGCUCCCAGGAGACCAGGUGAUAGGCCACCUACUGCUGGAUCAGGAGUACUGCAAGGUCCAGACAGUGACCGGGACUUUGUUCCCAGAAGACCUCUGACUAGAUCCUGCAGCAGAAUGUCGUCUGUGUGCCUUCUACCAGAGACAGAUCUGAGCAGGUCCAAGCCUCGAGUGUCGGUGAGGAGGAAACGAAUGUCUGACAAAUCAACGAGCACGUCAGACCCUGUAACCGAGGACGACCACGUACAGGUUCUGUCUCUGAAGAGUAAGAACCUGGUGGGCAUCACUCUGACUAACUGUGGGAUCACUGACCUGGUCCUCAGAGACUGCCCCAAGAUGAUGUUCAUCCACGCCACCAGGUGUCGUGUGUUGAAGCAGCUGAAAGUAGAGAGCGCCCCCAUCGUGAACCGGUUCGACUACGCUCAGUGUAAGAAGCUGGACAUGGAGCAGGUCCUGGAUCAGAUCCUCAGGAUGCCUCCUGAGAGGAACCGCAUCAUCUACAUGCGCCCAAUGCACCAGGUGGACUCGGUCGCCCUGGAGCGUCAGUUGUUUCAGGGUCCAUAUCCGUACCACAUAGCUUUAGUCCAUGAGUUCAGUAACCCUCCAAACAUCCGAAACAAGGUUCGAAUCCGCAGCUGGAUGGACACAAUCGCCAACAUCAGCCAAGAGUUGAUAAAGUACGAGUUUUUCCCAGAAGCCACCAGGACCGAGGAGGACGUCAAAAAGUUUCCCAGAUAUCCCUGGGGCAGAGACAUCUACACACUGGAGGGGGUGGUGGACGGCGCCCCCUACAGCAUGGUCACAGACUUCCCCUGGCUGAGGACUCUGAGAGCCGCUGAGCCCAACAGCUAUGCCCGCUACGACUUUGAGGACGAUGAAAGCACCACCAUCUACGCCCCGCGGCGUAAAGGUCAGCUGUCGGCUGAUAUCUGCAUGGAGACGAUCGGGGAAGAGAUCUCAGAGCGCCGACAGAGCAAGAGAGGAGUGUUUCAGAGGGUGGUGGUGCUCUUCCUCCAUCACUGUGACACACCUGGAGAACCUGUGGACGACGACUACAUAUAGAAAUCAAUCAAUGGCGACAUAAAUAUAUUUUUAUUUAUAUAAGAAAGUCCUCAGUGUGACACAUGUAGUCUGAACCACUCUCUCUCUCUGGAGUCGCCUCAGACGAGUUCAUCAGGCUGCCUGUGGAUCCGGUCGACUCUGAGAUCUGAGGGGACGCGUCAAGGUUACUGAACACUCGGACAAACAUCAGGACACACGUUUGAUUCUGAUUCUUUUUGUUUACACAAAGUCUGAUGUAGAGCUGCAGGACUACGUCAGACCCGUCUGUCUUCUUCUGAGCCGGCUUGUUUCCUCCGAAGUGUCCGGUUCCUCCUGCAGAUUGUUGUGUUUAAUCUGAUCUGAGAUCAGGAUGUUUCUGCGGAUCAUCAGAAACGGAUUCAUAAAAACAGUUCAUGUCUGUAUGCAGAUGUGACGGAUGAUUCAAUCCGUCGUGUUAAUAUGUUUAUAAAGAAUCAGAUUAUUUCACAAACUGAAAAUAAAAAGAGAAAUCAA